GUAUGGUUAAACUUGUAUUGUUUUUAACUGUGUGUUGUUCUGACAGUUCGCUUCAAUUAUUUACAAUUUUUUUAGCAAUAAUUCAAUUACUUUAAAUAAAUAGUAGAAUUCUUUUUAGAUAUCUUGUUUGUAUAAAGAAAAGAAUCCUGCAUUGUCCUGGAAAAGGACAAGUAAACAGAGGAAACGUUUUCGUACUGACGGAAGCGCAUAACCAUCGGCCGAAUUUACUAGAUGGAGAAAAAAGGGUUUUUAGAGAAGAGCUAUGUAAUAGCAUACGAUCCCAGCCUAGUACCGUAAAAGAAACUUACAACCACAUAAGUGAAUUUCAUGAAGAGGCAGCAAUCAGUGUGCAGUUCAAGUCGGUAGAGAGGUCGAUGUACAGGUGGCGAAAUACUCACAGGCCACCAAAUCCAAAUUCCAUUGAACAAUUUAUGGAAUUAAUCAACAGUGAUCAGUGGAAUAGCGUAAAAAGAUAUCAGGAUGGCGAUGUUAUGUUUAGAUGCAUUACAGGGCGGGAUUUCUGCAAAUCUAUCAUAAUGAUGGACCAUCAUUUUGCAGGACAACUGCUACGGGGAGAUAGCGUUGUAUUUUUACACACAUCACAAACAGUGAUACCAGCUGUACUCCCUUUUCACCAGCUGGUAUCAUUUAUGUGUUUAAAAGACAAAUAUGUCAUUCCAUGCGCUUGGGCGUUAAUGGAAGACGACACGGAGGAGUCAUUCGUUGCCGUAUUUGAAGAAAUGAAAACGCUUUUACCAAGAAUGGUAAUCACAGAAAUUUUUGCAACGUUUGGAAAGGACUUACACAGCAGCCUUAGAGCACAAUUUCCAGAUGCUGUCAUUCAUGGUAGUUUCUACUACUAUUUGCAAGAACUUUACAAAGUCAUCAUGGAUUUAAAUUUAGACUCUAGACUUCACGAGGAACAUGACGAAGUAAAAGAUCUUCUGCUUCUUGUAAUGUCAUUGCCUUUGCUUCCAGAAGAAGACAUAGAAGAAGCAUAUAUUGAAAUUGGUUCAAAUGUUGAUCCACAAAUUUUAACAUUAGUUGAGAACUUCACCAACUACUUUGAAGAUGCGUGGAUCGAAGGCGUCAGGCCACCUUCCUUCUCAAUGUACAGAGAUCAGAAGGGAUUAAGUGAUGCAUUCAUGGCUUAUGAAAGCAGAAUAAACACAAAAAUUGGCGGUAACACCAAUGUUUGGGCUUUCACCAAAUCCAUCGUUAAGCUUCAAAAACAAAUCUAUAAUGAUCAUUCUCGAAGGAAUGAGGGUUUAUCAAGUAAUAUUCAAACCCCCAGGAUUGUUACAAAAAGCAUGUCAGCCAGCAUUAGAAGAAUUUGGAAUGAUUAUGACGAUCAAUACUUGUCAGUGCCUGAAUUUUUGUUGAAUGUUGCUCACAUUUGUGUCAUCUCAACGAUUAAUUAUUUAUCAGUUAGUUUAGAAUACAGAAGAGGGGCAGCUGAUUUAACAAGACUGGUUCGAGCUCGUAUUGUUCAACAGGAACAAGGCUUCUUGGAUGAGGAUGGAAAUGAAGAUAUAAUGGUGGAUGCUCCUCCACCUGAUGAUGCUGUCGACCCACUAAAUGUUGCAGUUGCUCCUGAAAACGACGAAAACAACAACAAUAACAACGAUUAGUUUCUUAAUAACUCGAGGAACACAAGUUCUGAUGCAAGCAAUUAAUUAGACG